AUUGGCCUGUGCUCCAGGGAGUUUCUGGUUGCUGAUUGGCUGGCGGUUGUGGCUCGAGCAAGUGGAGUCGUGUUCUUUUAAGGACUCAUCAUGGCGCUCGAUUCUCCUCAGCACGAACAUCCAUUCGGGCACUUGAUCGACACACUUCAAAGCGAAAAAUAUGAAGAGCGAAGAUAUUUCAACCCACAGAAGCUCAAUGAUGUCAGAUAUGAAAAACUCCCGUUCUGUAUUCGAGUUCUGCUGGAGGCCGCGAUCCGGAAGUGCGACGGGUUCUAUGUGAAAACAGAGGAUGUCUCCAGUAUUCUAGACUGGCAGAAGCAGCUGAACCAAGCAGAGGUUCCGUUCUCGCCUGCCAGGGUUCUGCUGCAAGAUUUCACGGGAAUUCCUGCUAUGGUGGAUCUGGCUGCCAUGAGGGAUGCUUUAGCUAAACAAGGGGUCGAUCCGAGCCUGGUAAACCCCAAAUGCCACACGGACCUCAUCGUUGAUCACUCACUGCAGAUUGACUACAGCAAAUGUGCCAUCCAGAGCCCUCCCACCCCCAUGGAUGAUAGUCAUGCUGGCAAACCUCCAGCAGGUCGGCCAUCUUCCCGUGGGAGUCAAUGUGGGGGUCAUGGACCGGCUCAAGGGCGCGGCUGCAGUAAAGCAUCCUGCUCUGACGCCCCCACUGGCCCAACCCCAGCAGUACAGAUAGAGAACACCCCCCUACUGUGCCCCUUCCACCUGCAGCCUGUAUCAGAGCCUGAGACGGUGCUUAGGAAUCAAGAGAUGGAGCUCAGCAGAAACAAGGAGAGACUGCAGUUUUUUAAGUGGUGUUCAAAAGCCUUCAAAAACAUCAACGUGGUUCCGCCAGACAUCGGUGCCGUGCAUCAGGUAAACCUGGAGUACCUGUGUCAGGUGGUACAGGAGGGGGAUGGGUUUAUUUAUCCAGACAGUGUGGUGGGAACAGACUCCCACACCACCAUGAUCAAUGGCCUCGGCAUCCUGGGAUGGGGAGUUGGAAGUAUUGAAUCAGAAGCAGUCAUGUUAGGUCAACCAGUGUCUUUGACCUUGCCCGAAGUAGUUGGCUGUAAACUUGUGGGGUCCAUUAAUCCCCUCGCCACGUCCAUCGACAUUGUCCUGGGCAUCACUAAGCACCUGCGUCAAGCUGGAAUUGGUGGGAAGUUUGUGGAGUUCUUUGGGCCCGGUGUGUCACAGCUCUCGGCUCCUGAUCGCACAACUAUUGCUAACAUGUGCCCGGAGUACAACGCCACUGUGAGCUUCUUUCCUGUGGAUGACAUCACCCUGCAGCACUUUAAAAAUACCAUCUGCAGUGAAGAGAAGCUUGCGGUUUUAGGAGACUACCUAAAAGCUGUGAAACUCUUCAUGAGCUACGAUGACCAAUCAGAAGAGCCGGAGUUUUCAGAGGUCAUCGAGAUGAACCUGAGUUCCAUUGUGCCUCAUGUCAGUGGACCCAAACGGCCGCAGGACAGAGUUGCCGUGACCUGCAUGAAGGAAGAUUUUAUCAACUGCUUAAAUGAGAAGGUGGGUUUUAAGGGCUUCCACAUUGCCAAAGAGAAACAGGAAAUGAAGGUCCCGUUCCUGCACGAGGGGGCGGAGUACAGCCUCGCGCACGGCUCUGUGGUCAUCGCUGCCGCUAUCAGCUGCACCAAUAACUGCAACCCGUCUGUCAUGCUGGCCGCAGGUCUGCUGGCCAAAAAAGCUGUUGAGGCUGGUCUGUCAGUAAAGCCGUAUAUAAGAACGAGUCUGGUUCCUGGAAGCGGAACUGUCACGCAUUACCUAAAUGCCAGCGGAGUCUUGCCCUCCCUUAAGAAGCUUGGGUUUGAGGUGGUUGGUUAUGGAUGUUCCACCUGUGUGGGGAACACUGCACCUUUACCUGAAAGUGUGGUCGAUGCCAUUAAAGAGGGUGAUUUGGUGGCGUGUGGCUUGCUAUCUGGAAACCGGCAUUUAGAAGGACGCCUGUGCAACUGCGUACGGGCGAAUUAUUUGGCCUCACCCCCACUGGUGGUCGCGUAUGCAAUCGCAGGUACAGUCAGCAUUAACCUGGAGACAGAACCACUUGGUGUGAACUCAGAGGGGAAGGAGGUGUUUCUAAGGGAUAUCUGGCCGUCUAAAGAGGAAAUACGGGAUACAGAGGAGAACGUCGUCAUUGCCUCCAUGUUUAAAGAGCUGAGAAGCCGGAUUGAGAAAGGAAAUGCGUUCUGGAACAAUUUAGACUCAGCCGAAUCUCCCCUUUUCCCCUGGGAUCCCAAGUCCACUUACAUCAGCUGUCCGUCCUUCUUCAGCAAACUUUCUAAAGAGAAGUACGCUCCUCUGUCCAUCGACAAUGCUUAUGCUUUGCUCUUUCUGGGUGAUAACGUCACGACCGAUCACAUUUCUCCAGCCGGUAGCAUUGCUAGAGUCAGUGCCGCCGCUAAAUACCUCCAGUGUAAACGUUUGACCCCUCGUGAGUUUAAUUCUUAUGGCGCACGGAGAGGAAACGAUGCGGUUAUGACUCGGGGAACCUUUGCCAGCAUAAAGCUUCAGAACCGACUCAUCGGGAAGACCGGACCCAAAACACUGCACAUUCCUACAGGACAGACACUGGAUGUGUUUGAAGCUGCCGAGCGCUAUCAGAGAGACGGGGUUCCUCUCAUUAUCCUGGCGGGAAAAGAGUACGGCUCUGGCAGCUCUCGAGACUGGGUUGCUAAAGGACCCUAUUUACUGGGUGUGCGUGCUGUGGUAGCGGAGAGUUUUAAGAGGAUGCAUAAGAAUCAUCUGGUGGGCAUGGGCAUUGCUCCGCUACAGUUCUUGCCCGGGGAGAACGCUGACACUUUGGAGCUGUCUGGAAAAGAGCGAUUCACCAUCAGCAUCCCACAAGAGCUCACGCCUAGACAACACCUCACUGUACAGACAAGCACGGGCAAGAGUUUCAGCGUAAUUCCUCUGUUUGAGAACGAGAUGGACCUGGUGUUUUUCCGACACGGCGGCAUUCUGAAGUACAUGGCUCAAUCCCUGCUGCCAUAAUGUGACUAAGAGACACAGCAUGGACCUCUGAAUAGCACAGCCCCACCUAGAGUCCUUCCGGAUGAAGAAGCUGUGCCACUGGUUCGGCGAAUCCCCCAUUCCAGAAGGACCGGCUACUUUUGCACUUAAAAACAAAUGUCCAGCGUUUUCUUCAAAUCGCUUUCUUCUAAUCCAGUGUUGCAAGGUUUCUAUUUGCAGUCUGGUUGUGGAGUUUGAUGUGGGCAUUUCAUGUUGCAGUGCCUGCAGCUUGUCAAGAAAUAUUUUUUCUUGAGUGUGAAAGUAUCAGGUGCCAGACGCACGAUGACCUCGCAGUCAGAGAUCUUAGAAGAGGCUUUGUCGCUCUGUCACGGUGCUGAUUUCGACACGAGCACAUUGAUACGGAGUGCUCACGCAUACAGCAAUGUCCAGCAUACUGUUAUUUCUGAGUUUUCUAACUCUGUCUAGUUUAGUCGCAGCGGAAAAGCACUUGUUUGAUCCGAUCCAGUGAAAUGUCAUUUUAUUUAUUCUGAUUACCCCUUGUUUGAGUUACAAUAAUGAUGAAAAGAACGAAGUUCAGAGAUUAUCUUUUAGCAGCAGCUCACAACACCGUAUGUGGCUAAACUUAUUCAACCAUAAUGAUCGUCCGUUAUAUGUUAAUCAGAAUUUCAUCAACAACAUUUUGAGUUCCUAAACACAUUAGAGGCCUAAUUGAAAGCUGGUUUGUUUUGGUACUUUUUCUUUUUGGUACUUUAACUGUGCUGUUUGCCUUUAAGGCCAAAUCAAAACUUUUGGUGUCUGGCUGUAUUUAUGUUCUCUAUGUAAAGUCCAUAUGCAACUGAGAAUUAAAACAUUGUUAGAUUAAGCUGUAAAUAAUUUUUAAUAAACAUUGACUUGAGCAUGA